GCUGCCCGUGUGCUCCCCCCAGGGCGCCUGCCCGGCCUGCGCCCGGCCGAGCCCGGGGAGUUCACCAAGCGCGCCUUCCAGAACGGCAAGCUGGACCUGACCGAGGCCGAGGGCCUGGGCGACCUGAUCCACGCCGAGACCGAGGCCCAGCGGCGCCAGGCCCUGCGCCAGAUGGAGGGCGAGCUGGGGCAGCUCUACCAGCGUUGGAGCCAGGAGCUCACCCAGGCUCUGGCCUACAUCGAAGCCUUUAUUGACUUCAGUGAGGAUGACAACGUGGAGGAGGACGUGCUGACUCGAGUGGACGCAGCCGUGGCCCAGCUGGAUCAGGAGCUCCGGAGGCACCUGCAGGAUGGGCGGCGCGGGGAACGGCUGCGCGGGGGCGUCCACGUCGUCAUCGCCGGGCCCCCCAACGCGGGCAAGAGCAGCCUGCUCAACCUGCUCUGCCAGCGGCCUGCAGCCAUUGUGUCGCCGGUGCCAGGCACGACAAGGGAUGUGGUGGAGACGGCGCUGAACGUGGGUGGCUACCCCGUGGUGCUGAGUGACACAGCCGGGCUGCGGGACGCCUGGGAUCCCGUCGAGCAGGAGGGCGUGAGCCGAGCACGGGACAGGCUGCAGCAAGCAGACCUGGUCCUGGCAGUGCUGGAUGCAGCAGAGCUGGCCCCGCAACCCGGGCGCCUUGCCGGAGCCUUGCAAGCCGUUCUGCCCCCCAACCUCCCUCCCAGGCCCUGCCUCCUGGUGCUCAACAAAACCGACCUGCUGGCAGAGCAGAGCCGGGGGGCCCUGUGGCAGGCCUGUGCAGGGGGCAGCCUGCCCCCCACCUGCCUGCUUUCCUGCAUGACCGGGGAGGGCACUGCCGCACUCCUGCACCUGCUGAGCGGGCAGCUGCAGCACAUCUGCGGUGACCCCUUGGUGGGCUCCCCGAGCCUCACACAGACGCGGCACCGCCUCCACCUCACCAGCUGCCUGGACGCCCUGGGCCGGUACCACUGGGGCAGGGGCGGGGACCUGGCGCUGGCGGCCGAGGAGCUGCGGCUGGCGCGACGGCACCUGGGCCGCAUCACGGGGCAGGUCGGAGCCGAGGACAUCCUGGACAUUGUCUUCAGGGACUUCUGCAUCGGAAAGUGAGGGGCACAGGCAGGCGCCGUGGUGGGGAGUGCCAGGUCGCAGUGCCGAUAGAGCGAUCGCCUGCGUUUCCAGGCGCUGCGGUCUCAGCUGCGGAGGAGAGGGUCCUGGGGGGCCAAGUGGGGGCUGGAAGUGGGGGGCACUGGUGGAGGGGGACAGGGCCAAAGAGUGGUACCUGCGGGCAGGCCAGAGGGGUGCAGUGAACCAAGACCCUGCCCCAGCUCUCUGGGCAGGUUGUGCUGUGCCGUAUUAAUUAAAACACCCUGGACCCUU